AUGCUUGAACAUGAAGGAGAGGGUCCGGUUCAGCUGCAAAGUCGCGAGGCGCGCCGGGAUGCGGGGAAGUCAGUGGCACCUGGCGGACGCCCAAUGCCAUUAAAACACCGGCCAUCAAAGCCCACCUGUACUGCUCCCAGCAAUGUCUCCUUGCGCUUAAGGGAUGGUAGCCCUCUUGAUUCAUUGUGCCCCAAUUACCAGGAUCACCAGAAGUCCCGGAUCCAGAUACAUGGCUUCUGUGCUCGUAUCCGGAAGCAGCUUGCCAUGGAUCGUGGCCCGGACGCCGACUGCCGUCCUCAAGGCAGGUAG